AUGUCUAACAUGAUCUGUUGUGUCCAGAUGGACAAACAACAGGCUGAAUUCCUGCAUACCAAAAUUCCUGAAUACAGGAAACUUAAGCCAGGGUUUGUGGAAACAGACCUAUUUAUUGAUGAUCUACUCAAGGAGUAUGAUAAGACGUGGCCAUUGUGGGAGUUCCUCUGGCCAGAUUUCGAUGUGGAAAAAGACGUCCCAAUCACAUAUUCAAUGGGUGUGCAACUAUGCCGGGCACUGGCAAAACGUCGUGUAGAAAUCAAAUGUUUCUUCUUGUGGGAAAUGCGACAGAUUGUCAAGCAUGAGCUCCAACAGACUGGUGUAGAGCCUGCUGACUAUUGGACGUACUGGGGAGUGGGACAUGCAUCAGAUUGGACAUACUGGGGGUUUGCAGAUGCCUGCAUGGAUAAAAGGGAAGUCUUUCGAUCCUUGCAUCUCAUACACUCAUACACCAGUACCGACCACUUCAAAGCAUUAAUUAUGUCCUCAGCUGGUGCAGAGACUUCUGCUAUAACCAAAGACACAGUUGAGGCUGUUGUCAUGCUGCUAUCACUUCAACUCUCCUCCACCGAUCGUGCAAAUCUGGCUUCUGGCCUUCUCUCCGACAACCUUGGUGUUACUUCAAAUGCCACAGAUUUGCAGGCCGAGCCCGAGUCCGAGUCUUCCAUCAGCGGUGAUGAGGAGGCUCGUGAUGAUGAAGAGCCUGCUGCUGCCAUCACCACCACCACCAGCCUGACUGCUGGCACGCUGCUCUUGCCUUUGGCAGUAUCCUCAAUGUAUACAAUGGAGUAUGGCAUGACAGUCUACUAUGUCACCAGGGGCCACAAGAUUGGAGUGUUCUCUGGAUGGUAA